AGCAGUUGCGUGAGAGAGGUCCGAGAAUUUUGGCAGCCGCAAAUAUCUCCCACUUCCCAGUUGCCACAGGGCUCAUCCCCAAACCAAAAACCUCAUUGCCAGCAGGCUUGCUGCAACUCCACAUAACUUUCACAGUUUCACCUCAUUCCAUUUCAUAAAAAUCCAUUCUCCCAUUUAUACCAUCUCCAUUCUCCCGCAACUUUGGACGACAGAAAAGAACCCUCACAAAACAUUAUGUAUUGCUCCAAAACCUUUCCUCAGCAUUCCCACAUCCUCUUUCUUCAAAAUCCUAAAUUCCUGAAAGAUUCUUUUCUUGUUCAAUCCCAUUUAUCCCUUCCCACACUUCCUUCUCCGGCUCAGAUAUCAGCGGCCGCAGGAAUCCCUAUCCGGAACCGCCCAAGGGAUUGCUGCAAUAGAGUUAUACCGUCUUGCAUUAGUCCGGCCCACCAUAUCGAAUCGGAAACUUCAUCAGGGAGUUCAGAAAGUGCAGCUACAGUUUCUUCAAUAGAAGAACAAGAAGAAGGAGGAGUGGAAGAAAGUUUAGAGUCUAAUAAAAGAGAGGAAUUUUCGGCUGACGACAGCCUAUGGAAUCAAAUGGUAGAAAUCGUCAAGUUCUCGGGGCCAGCCGUUGGUUUGUGGCUAUGUGGGCCCCUGAUGAGUCUCAUUGAUACUGCCGUUGUUGGUCAAGGAAGCUCCAUUGAACUCGCCGCUUUAGGUCCUGGAACCGUAUUUAUUGAUAAUACUAGCUAUGCUUUCAUGUUCCUUUCAAUUGCUACUUCCAAUUUGGUUGCUACUUCCCUUGCCAGGCGGGAUAAAGAGGAAGUGCAGCAUCAGAUAUCCAUCUUGCUCUUUAUUGGGUUGGUUUGUGGUGUUUCUAUGCUUAUAUUCAUGAGAUUAUUUGGCCCCUGGGCAUUAACUGUUUUUACGGGGGCAAGAAAUGCUGAUAUCAUUGCUGCAGCAAACACUUAUGUUCAGAUUCGAGGCUUAGCCUGGCCGGCAAUACUGGUUGGAUGGGUUGCUCAGAGUGCAAGCCUAGGCAUGAAAGACUCGUGGGGACCAUUAAAGGCUCUGGCUGCUGCCAGUGUAAUUAAUGGCAUUGGUGACAUAGUUUUAUGCAGAUUCUUCCAAUAUGGUAUUGCUGGCGCAGCUUGGGCAACAAUGGUUUCACAAGUUGUUGCUGGUUAUAUGAUGAUUAAAGCUCUCAACGAUAAGGGAUAUAAUGGUUUUUCCAUGUCAAUUCCAUCACCUAAUGAACUUGUGCAGAUACUUAUGCUUGCAGCUCCAGUGUUUGUAACAAUGAUGUCAAAGGUGCUAUUUUACUCCCUUCUUGUAUAUUUCGCUGCGUCAAUGAGUACGCAAACAGUUGCAGCUCAUCAGGUCAUGAUACAACUCUACUGUAUGUGUGCCGUAUGGGGUGAACCUCUUUCUCAGACUGCCCAGUCAUUUAUGCCUGAGCUGAUAAAUGGAGCUAAUCGAAGCUUGUUAAAGGCUCGGAUGCUAUUCAAGUCACUGGUGAUUAUUGGAGCUUUAAGUGGAUUUAUACUUGGAUCUAUUGGAACAUCAAUUCCCUGGUUGUUCCCCAAGCUUUUUUCACACGAUCCUCUUGUCAUAAAGGAGAUGCACAAAGUGCUGAUUCCGUACUUUCUUGCACUCUCUGUGACACCCAGUACGCACAGCCUUGAGGGAACAUUGUUAGCUGGGCGGGAUUUGAAAUUUAUUAGUUCAUCGAUGAGCACAAUCUUCUGUCUAGGUUCUCUUCUUCUGCUGGUGUUUAGCAGCAGAGGAUAUGGCUUGCCUGGGUGCUGGUUUGCUCUUGUUGCAUUUCAAUGGUCACGAUUUUCUAUUGCUCUACGGCGUCUCACUUCGCCGAAUGGGCUACUUCACUCAGAAGAUCUGACCGGUUACCAGCUGGAGAAGCAAAAAGCAGCGUAGUUUCAGAGCCUAAAGAUAAAAGAUCCAUUAGAUAGCUUUUUAAUCUUUUGCUGCCUUAGGAGUAGCUGCAUUUACAAGACUACUACGAAAUUGAGACUUUUGUUCAAGAUGGAGUACAGUAUUCUAUCAAAGCAGCGUAGGAGCCAGCUCUUUUAUCCACAAAACAAAAAAAAAAACAAAGAUGUUGCCGGGUCUUCAGGCACCGUUAGAUUCUAGGUUGUAUGGUGCUGUAUUUAGCAUCAAUACAAAUUGUAGUAGUUUCCUCCAAUGUAAAUGAUGAUUACUUGUGUCAUUCUUUCCAACAUAAAAAUGAAAAUGCUUGAAACACA